CUUGAAACCUGAACCUCGUUCCAAGUAAUUUCUCGUCUCUGUUCUGAUUUCCUGUUGUAUAUCUGGAAACUGAAGCUGUCAGACAAGUGGAAACAUGAAGACUGACUGAUGUUCACAGUAUGAGUCAGAGUGUGGAUGAAGGGGAGGACGGAACAGAGUUAUCCCAUUAUACAAACAGGGGUUUGUCCAUAAAGGAACCUCUAGGGGGCAGUAAUGAACCAGGACCCUCUGAUCCACAAGGUCAGUAUAACAGACCCAGAGCAGAGUCUCCAGUGUCCACAUGUCUGUCCAUGAACAGUGACCGGUCCGUGGGACUUCCUCUAAACUUUAGUCCUGAACCUGAACCUUCAGACACAGAAGAUCAGUAUAACAGACCCAGAGCAGAGUCUCCAGUGUCCACAUGUCUGUCCAUGAAGACUGACCGGUCCUUGGGACUUCCUCUAAACUUUAGUCCUGAACCUGGAUCUUCAGACACAGAAAAGACGGAGAGGACUCAUGUUCCUGAGGUGGACCCACCGUCCUGUUCUUUGUGUCAGAAGGUCCUGAAUGAUACAGUCCAGACCAGCUGUGGACACUGGUUCUGCAGACAGUGCAUCACUUCAUACUGGAACCAGUCUGGUUCAUUAGGAGACUCCUCCUGUCCCCGGUGUGAAGAAACAUCCGGAACAAGAGCUGACCUGCAGAUCCACAGCACUGUACAAAUUGAAUAUAAACUCAGUCUGAGGAGCAGAUGUGAAUGUGUGACUGAAGGAACUGAUGAAACAGGAAGUAGAACCUGUCUAAACCGGAUCUACACUGACCUCUACAUCACAGAGGGACAGAGUGAAGACGUUAAUACCCAACAUGAGGUGAGGACGCUGGAGACAGUUUCCAAGAAGAUCAUCCUAGAAAGUCCAAUCAGGUGUCAGGACAUCUUCAAAGCCUUACCCGACCAGCAGAAACCCAUCAGAGUGGUUCUGACCAACGGUGUAGCUGGAGUUGGAAAAACCUUCUCAGUGCUGAAGUUCACUCUGGACUGGGCAGAGGGUUUAGAAAACCAGGACGUCAGUCUGGUGGUUCUGCUUUCAUUCAGAGAGCUGAACCUGGUCAGAGAUGAGCAGUACAGUCUGCUGACGUUGCUUCAUGUUUUCUAUCCAACAUUACAGAAGGUCACAGCAGAGCAGAUCACUGUCUGCAAACUUCUGUUCAUCUUCGACGGCCUGGAUGAAAGCAGACUUUCACUGGAUUUCCACAACUGUGAGGUUCUUUCAGAUGUCACUCAGAAGUCAUCAGUCAACAUACUAUUGACCAACCUCAUCAAGGGGAACCUGCUUCCAUCAGCUCUCAUCUGGAUAACAUCUAGACCUGCAGCAGCCAAUCAGAUUCCUCCUUCAUGUGUCGACAGGGUAACAGAGGUCCAAGGCUUCACCACUGAUGACCAGAAGGAGGAGUACUUCAAGAAGAGAUCCUCUGAUGAAGAUCUGUCCAACAAAAUGAUCUCACACAUAAAGACAUCCAGGAGCCUCCACAUCAUGUGUCAAAUCCCAGUUUUCAGCUGGAUCAGUUCUACAGUUCUGGAACACAUGUUGACUUCAGACCAGAGAGAAGAGCUGCCCAAGACCCUGACAGACCUGUACUCACACUUCAUCGUGGUCCAGACAAAGAGGAAGAAGAAUAAGUACAAAAAAGAACAUGAAAAAAGAUCAGGGGAGCUGACAAAGGCAGACAUGAAAGUCCUUCUAAAGUUGGGGAGGCUGGCAUUUGAACAACUGGAGAAAAGAAACAUGAUGUUCUACCAAGAAGACCUGGAUCAGUGUGGUCUGGACGUCACAGAGGCCUUGGUGUACUCAGGAGUUUGUACAGAGAUCUUCAAAAGAGAGACUGUGAUCUUCCAGAAAACAGUCUACUGCUUUGUUCAUCUGAGUGUUCAGGAGUUUCUGGCUGCGGUCUACAUCUACCAUUGUUACACCAACAACAAGACAGAGGUUCUGAAGAGGUUUCUGGGAGACCAGGACAAGGAGUCCGAAUCACUUUUCAUGAAAAUGUUCAGGUAUUUCACAGUCAGUGACAGCCUGGAUGUUUUCCUCAGAAAAGUCAUGAAGAAAUCCCUGAAGAGUGAGAACGGACACCUGGAUCUGUUUGUUCGUUUCCUUCAUGGCCUCUGUCUGGAGUCCAACCACAGACUUUUAGGAGGUCUGCUUGGUCAAAAAGAGAACAGUCCAGAGAGCAUCCAUGAAGUCAUCAAGAACCUGAAGGAGAUGAACACUGAGGAUAUCUGUCCUGACAGAAGCAUCAACAUCUUCCACUGUCUGACAGAGAUGAAGGACCAAACAGUCCAUCAGGAGAUCCAACAGUUCCUUAAGUCAAAGAACAGAUCACUGAAGAAACUCUCUGAAAUCCAGUGUUCAGCUCUGGCCUACAUGUUGCAGAUGUCAGAGGAGGUUCUGGAUGAGCUGGACCUGAAGAAGUACAACACAUCAGAUGAAGGAAGACAGAGACUGAUCCCAGCUGUGAGGAACUGCAGAAAGGCUGUACUUUCUAACUGUGGAUUCUCAGAGACUCACUGUGAAGUUGUGACCUCAGCUCUGAAGUCUAAUCCUUCACAUCUGAGACUGUUGGAUCUGAGUCACAACAACCUACAGGAUUCAGGAGUGAAACUGGCGUCUGGACUGGAGAGUCCAAACUGCAGACUGGAAACUCUGUGGUUGUGGGGCUGCACUUUGUCAGAGAUCAGCUGUUCUUCUCUGGCCUCAGCUCUGAAGUCCAAUCCAUUCUAUCUGAUGUCGCUGAAUCUGAGUGGAAACAACCUCCAGGAUUCAUCAGUGAAGGAGCUGUGUGAUUUCCUGCAGAGUCCAUACUGUAAACUACAGCAUCUACAGGUCAACUACAGGUUGAGUAAAUGCAGUUUGUCAGAGAUCAGCUGUUCUUCUCUGGCCACAGCUCUGAAGUCCAAUCCAUUCCAUCUGAUAGAACUGAGUCUGAAUGGAAACAACCUCCAGGAUUCAUCAGUGAAGGAGCUGUGUGAUUUCCUGCAGAGUCCACAUUGUCAAUUACAGCAUUUGUGGAUGUGGAGAUGCAGUUUAUCAGUGAUCAGCUGUUCUUCUCUGGCCUCAGGGCUGAAAUCCAAUCCCUCACAUCUGAUAACCCUGGGUCUGGGUGAAAACAAGCUGAAGGAUUCAGGAGUGAAAGAGCUGUGUGAAGUCCUGCAGAGUCCACAUUGUAAACUGAAGAGUCUGAGAUUGUAUAAAUGCAGUUUGUCAAAAAUCAGCUGUUCUUAUCUGGCGGCAGCUCUGAAGUCCAAUCCCUCACAUCUGAUAGAACUCAACUUAAGUCUGAACAACCUGAAGGAUUCAGACGUUAAAGAACUGGAGGACCUUGUUCAGAGUCCACACUGUAAACUGGAGAAACUGGAAUGGAAGUGAUCUCUGUAACAGUCACUGUGAUCAGGACUGUGUGAAGAUCAGCUGAGUCCAGAUGAUCUACAGAUAUUAAAACAGCAGCAGAUCCUCAUUUCAUUCUCCUCCUCUCAGUUCUCAAAUUGUAGCUCCUCAGGUCCUCUCUUUGCCCCUCCCUCUGGUGAUGUCAGAGAAGGCAAGGCAGACUUCCUGUAGCUCCGCCUCCUUGGUCCACCAUGUGAUUUUAAAGGAAGUGAAACAUCCUUCCAGAUGAUUCACUGAGAUGGAUUAAUGAGUAACCAUGAAGCACCGAGGAGUUGAGGAG